AUGAAUUAUACAGCGGUGGCAGAUUUACAAUCCACAGAAGCCGUAAAUAGUUCAACGGCAGACGCAGCAGGCUUGUUAACCACAUUCUCAGAAGAAUGCAACGAACAUUUCUAUGCCUAUGCAAAAUCGGAGGAACACAAGAUACUGUUUUGCAAUGCAUAUGCAGCUCGACUAAUGAAGGCAAUCUACAACGAUAUAUCUGCAGAGCAAGCGCAGAAAAUGCUUGAUCAAGACUCAAGAAAAGGAGGACUGUUUGGAGGACUGUUUGCCGAAGUAGCUUUUUCGCAGAUCACUUUUGCACUAGUAUUUGGGUUUGGCAUCUUUAUGGCAUUUUUUCUCAUUGUCAUUGGUGUACUCAUAUUCUUCAAACGUUGCAUUUGGCAACCACAGGUGUUUAACGCAGUAAGUGGUCUAAAAUCGGAUGCAUUGUCGAUUAAAAAGGUAGCCGAAGACGCUGACAUUAGAGAGGUUACUGACGGACUCACAGCAGCUGUCAAUCACUUUUUGAGUCGUAUCUAUAUCACCGAUCUUGAGUCAAAUUUCAAAAUGGGAGUCUUCGAUGAUGAGCUAAAAGCAUUGCCUCAAUACUUCUACAAUGUGCAAAGCAAAGCUCUGGAAGAUCUUGAACUCAUCAUAAAGUUUUGUAUUCAGGUGUUAGAAGAACUUAUAAAAUGUGCGAAAAAUGUCGAGGAAAAGAUAAAACUGAUCAUAAUAGAAACGGGUGUCGCAUCGCAUGCCAUGAAGCUUUUACUUGGUAUCUGGUUUCCUAUAAUUGUAGCUGCAAUGUGCAUAUGUACGAUAAUAGCCUUGAGCUUAAGCAUUCUCGAGCAUACUAGAAUGGGACAGUCAUUUAGUGAACCAACUCCAAAACGAGGAAUUUUGUCCAGGAUAACAGCAGAAGUGAUCGGUGCUUUUGCUUAUAUGACUGUCGUUUUUGGUGCCAUUAUUUUCGUUAUGUUCUCCUAUGGACUGCUAAUCGGUUAUGGAGCUCUGACCUCUACAAGUGCGCUGUUUCGUGAUUUCCUAAUAUUUGAAAAAGCGAGUUUAUCGCUAACAUCGCCAAUUUCACAUGAAACGAUUCACAUCAAACUCAUAGAUGUUUUGGAGAACUGUCAAGAAAAACAGGACUUUUACAAUGCUGUACGGCUAGGGAAAGUGUUGAAGCCUGCUGAUUUGGAGAAGGGUUUGAAAAAAAUAGUAAAAGAAGGUAAUCAAAGUAGGAUAUUCCAGAAAAAUUUGGAAGAUUAUAAAGUUUACUUUGCUGAAGCGUAUUUGGCUGCACAGGCAAUCAACAAAAACCUAUCAAAGAUCAGUUUUGAUGAGUACGGCGAUAACAUAAAGAAGCCCUCUAUCGCAUUCAAAAACAAUAUAAUCGCAGUAGCCGAAAAAGCGAAAGAAGUGGUUCAAAAGAUCACUAAUUUACAAAACGAACAAGAAGAAAUGGCCGGGUCGCUCACCACCAAUCUGGAAGUUUUUGUAAAAAAUGUGAUCGAGAUCUUUGCUGAAUUUUUGAAACAACUUCAAAGCAGUUCGCAAAAGUGUAAUACUCUCAGCAUAACCAGACCAGCACUGAGAAACUUUAUGCUCAAAAGAAUUGCUACUCCAAUACAAGGACAGUGGCUAGCUUGCUUGAUUGCGGGACUGACCUCAAUCCUAGCCUUCGCUGGUUUGCUAAUGUCGACAAAACACUUCAAGAGCUAUGUACCACUAGACGAUGACGAUGAUGCAUAUCCAGAAGCAAACGAGCAGCAAAGUAUGCAACCAGAAAAAGGAAAAGAUACUGACGCUGCCCAACCGUUACUCUGAAAUGAUGUUCAUAUGUAAAAGAUAACUACAAAUAUUCAUCUAUCAAUUAAAACGCUUUAUAACAUUG